AUGGAGAAGGCUCGUCUCGAACAGAACAUGGCUCUUCAGACGGCCCUUGAGAAGAAGGAAGAGGAAAAGAAGGCGUUAGUUAGGGACCUCAUGAAUGAACAGGCAGCACUACGAGCUGAGAACAGAGAGGGACAACGGCGCCAAGAGCAGGAAUUUACAGAUCAGAUGAUUCGAGUGGAACGGGAGAAGAAGGCUUUGCAUGAAAGACUUCAAAGUCUGGAGAAGCAGUCUCAGUCAGAGCAGGAUGCAGCGAAGCGUCGGAUGGAUGAGGUCAUGGAAAAGUUCAACAGUGCCUUGGCCGAAAUGGAGGGAAAGGCUGGGGCAGCCAAGAUUGCUCAAAUGGAGAAGGAGAAGAUGCAGGUAGAAGUCAUGGGCCAAGCGUGGAAGGCCGAGAUGGAACGACUGACUGCAGAGAUGAUCAAGUUGCAAGAGCAACAGAAGCAAUCAAGUGCUACGGAGAGAGCAUACUUUGACUCGCGUCUUUUGGCAUUGCAGACGCAGAAGACGUCGAACACUUCAUCUUUCUGGGAUAAGUUGUCAGCUUUGACGCAGUUAUCAGAUUUUCUACUUGGUCUCUUGGACUGGGAGUGA